AAACUUCUCACCUUCUCAGCCCGGGCAAGGCCCGAAAGUAUUUCCCACUUCACUAUAUAAAUCAAAAACCCCAAAAUGAAAUCAAAAUUUUCAAAACCCUAAAACGCUGCAACUUCCUCCCCCUCACUCACUCGCUUACUCACCGUAAUCUUUAAACUAUAGACGAGAAUGGGGAAGAAAACGAAGAAGCCUGGGAAAGGAAAAGAGAAGACAGAGAGAAAAACAGCUAAGGCUGAUGAAAAGAGAGCUCGUAGGGACAACAAAAAAAUCUCUGAAGAGGAUGAUAUUGAUGCUAUCUUGUUGAGUAUACAGAAGGAGGAAGCAAAAAAGAAAGAAAUCCAUAUUGAAGAAAAUGUUCCAAAACCUUCCCCACGCUCAAAUUGUUCGCUCAAUAUUAAUCCGUUGAAAGAGACGGAGUUGAUUAUUUAUGGCGGUGAAUAUUACAAUGGAAAUAAGACGUACGUAUAUGGUGAUCUUUACCGGUAUGAUGCUGAUAAGAACGAGUGGAAGUUGAUUUCAAGUCCUAAUAGUCCACCUCCUCGUAGUGCUCAUCAAGCUGUUGCUUGGAAAGACCAUCUUUAUAUCUUUGGUGGUGAAUUCACAUCUCCAAAUCAAGAGCGCUUCCAUCACUAUAAGGACUUUUGGAUGUUAGACCUAAAAACAAAUCAAUGGGAACAAAUUAAUCUAAAAGGGUGUCCGAGUCCACGCUCAGGUCAUCGCAUGGUGCUGUACAAGCAUAAGAUUGUCGUGUUUGGUGGCUUCUACGACACUCUUAGAGAAGUGAGGUAUUUUAACGAUCUCCAUGUAUUUGACCUGUAUACGUACAAGUGGCAAGAAGUAAAACCCCGGCUUGGAUGCAUAUGGCCAAGUGCUAGGAGCGGUUUUCAGUUUUUUGUUUUCCAAGAUGAGAUAUUUUUGUAUGGGGGAUACUCCAAAGAAGUAUCAUCUGAGAAAAAUAAUAGCUCUGAGAAGGGAAUUGUUCACGCAGAUUUGUGGUCUCUUGAUCCGAGAACUUGGGAAUGGAACAAGGUAAAGAAGAAUGGGAUGCCUCCUGGACCUCGUGCUGGGUUCACCAUAGCUGUGCACAAAAAACGGGCUUUGUUAUUUGGGGGUGUAGUAGAUAUGGAAAUUGAAGCAGGUGAUGUUAUGAUGAGUUUGUUCUUGAAUGAACUUUAUGGGUUCCAGAUGGACAGCCAUCGAUGGUAUCCAUUAGAGCUGCGGAAGGAGAAAUCGACUAAAGAUAAGAAGAAAUUGGACCAACAAUUGAGUGGUAGCUCUCUUGAGAAAGGAAAAGCAGACGGAAGCGUAGACAAUGAUGAAGAAGUGCCUGAUUUUGGAAAUGGCAAUGAUGAGAUAACUAAAAGUUUUACAAAGAAAAUUUCUGUAAAUGAUGCCGUUGCUGAUGUUUCCAAGGAAAAGGCUCAGGAACACUGUAAUAGUGCUGACCCGCAAACAAGCAUUUCAGUCGAGGUAGUGAAGCCUUGUGGACGUAUUAAUUCCUGCAUGGUAGUGGGAAGAGAUACAUUAUAUGUUUAUGGGGGCAUGAUGGAAAUCAAAGAUCAAGAAAUCACUCUUGAUGAUUUGUACACUCUAAAUCUCAGCAAACUUGAUGAGUGGAAGUGCAUUAUACCGGCAACAGAGUCUGAAUGGAUGGAAGUUUCAGACGAUGAAGAUGAGGAUGAUGAUGAAGAAGAUUCUGAUGAUGAGGAAGCAAAUAGCGAGAGCGACAGUGAUGAGACAGAUGAGGAUGGUAAUGUUGAGAUGAACGAUGGUGGAAAAGCACUUGAAACAGAAGAAGCUGUUGCUAUAUUGAGGGGAGAGAAAAAGAAACUUCGCCGAAAGGAGAAGCGAGCCAGAAUAGAACAAAUCAGAGCAAACCUUGGUCUUUCAGAUUCACAAAGGACUCCUGUGCCUGGAGAAUCUUUGAGGGAAUUUUAUAAACGAACGAAUAUGUACUGGCAAAUGGCUGCUCAUGAACACACUCAACAUACUGGAAAGGAGCUCCGUAAAGAUGGUUUUGACCUUGCUGAAUCACGAUACAAAGAGCUGAAGCCAAUUCUUGAUGAGUUGGCGAUAUUAGAAGCAGAACAAAAGACUGAAGAGGCAGAAGGAGCCGAGACUAGUUCAGGAAAGAGAAACAACAAAAACAAGAAGAACAAAGCACCACAAAGGUAGUGCAAUUAUCACCAUAUGCAUGCAGUGGUCAGAGUAUUCUUCAGUUUUGUCUAAAUUAUGUCGAAGUUGCAAGUUUUAUAUUAUAUGUAUUUGCACAGACAAAACCAAAACCAGAGCCAAGCUACACUUCUUUGGCAUGUUUGAUGUUACCAUAAAGUUUCUCUUUUUCGGUCUAAUUGUAUUGUAUUUUUCAUUAUAUUAAAAUCCAAUUCAUUUGGGGUUCUGUUUC